AUGAUAUACACGGCGAUAGACACGUUCUAUCUGACCGAUGAGCAAUUGCAGAACUCGCCGUCGAGAAAGGACGGCAUGUAUGAGGCGACGGAGACCACGCUAUCUGUGGCUGUGAUUUUAUCCAAGAAAGCUGAAUUUUGCUCAGAUUACCUCAAGUUGAUCAGGUUCUGUUUCACCGAUUCUAUUGUAAGAAAAAAAGUUGCUGCUGGCUGUUUGUGGCUUGCAUCAAAACCGGAGGAAUGCCCUAAAAAAUCCAGGCAGGUUAUCAUUGUUUCCCACAGGAUGGAAUGUAGGAGGGAGAACCUACCCAUUGAGCCUUUGGAUCCAUAUUCAAAGGACUUGAAGAUGGAGUUGAGUAAAGCAGAAAGACAUAUUUUAAAGGAGGAUGGGGCGUGUUGCGGUGUAGUUUAUGCUGCCGCUUGGAGGUUUCAAGUGCCCCUUCCUGAGAAUCCGCCAUGGUGGAAGGCAUUUGAUGCUGAGAAAUCAGGGAUUGACGAAGUUUGUAGGGUGCUGGCUCAUCUGUACAGCCUUCCUAAAGCAAAGUACGUACCAGUCUGUAAGGAUGGAGAUUCUUUUGCAUUUUCUAACAAGUCAUGUAAUUCACAGCCUCGGCCAAUUCCAAAGGUAGUUCCGAUUCUUCUUCUUCUUUUUUCUCUCUCUAAUUCCUGCCCCGAUCCUAAUAAUAGCCCAUCAGCUAUUGAAAAUACCUCUAAUUCAAAGGCUGCAGCAGAAGUCAAUCCUGAAUCUGGUGGAUCAAAGGGUGUGUUGGCCAAGCUAGCCAUUGAUAAGCUGAAGGACUCUAAAGAGAGUGAUGAAAGUAUGCCUAUCGAGGGAGAGGCAAUAGAAGAUUUCAGUAUCAAAUCCAAGUCUGAACGCAAAAUGGAAUCUAGUGGCAAUAAAAGCAGGGACAGGGACAGGGACAGGGACAGGGAGAGAGAUAAGGAGAGGGAAAGGGAGAGAGACAGAGACAGAGACAGAGACAGGGAUAGAAUGAAAGUCCGGGGGGCAGGGAUUCUGACCGGGAAUGAGAUCGAGAAGAGGCUGAGAGGGACAGAACCAAGGACCGAGGUUAUCGUUCAAAGGAUAGAGCAAAAGAUUCAGGGGGCAUUUGGAGAAAUCAAGACAUCAGUCGUCCCGAGUUUAAAUCCCGUCAUCUGA